AUUUGAUACAUGUCAGCACAGCAUGGUUUUAAUAAGGGUGAUUUUUUUGAAUUCGUAAACAAUUUGAAACAUAUGUUAAUAAUAUUCGUAUUAUAUUUCUUAAAAUGCGAAGAGUACUUGUUUAGUAUAAAAUUGUAGUGUAAGUAGUAAGCGAACAAGUGAUAAUGGAGUUCGAAUCAAAUGAAACUAACGACUUGGACUUAGGUGUGGAGAAAAAUUUUCGUCAAUACACACUUUUUGAUAUUUGUAAAGAUCCCGGAUUAAAAGAUGAUGAAGGUAAUGAAGUGCCACGACCAUUUACAAAAAAUCAAAUGCGAAAAUGGUUAAAAAAAGUUCGAUGGGAAAAUAAUAAACAAGGCAAACGUGCUAAAGAAAAAGCGCGUGCAAAAGAAAGGAGAAGAAACGCACGUGUGGCUAACAUUGAUCUAGGUCCUAGUAGAAAGACAUUAAAGAAAAUGAAGUUAGAAAAACCAAAAAAGGACAUUGGAAUUAUAAUUGACCUUAGUUUUGACCACCUCAUGAUGGAAAAGGAUAGAUUCAAAGUGAUUAAACAGAUUUUAAGAUGUUACUCAAUAAAUAGGCGGUCAGAAACACCAUUACAGUUUCAUAUAACAAGUCUAGGAGAGAAAGCAAAAAGUGAUAUGUCAAGGCAUAAUGGUUUUGAGAACUGGGAUAUUGAAUACCAUGAACAACCUUAUACAGAAAUAUUUCCAAAAGACAAACUGGUAUAUUUAUCAAGUGAAUCUGACAAUGUGAUUGAAAAGUUUGAGGAAGAUACAUACUAUAUAAUUGGUGGUUUAGUGGAUCAUAAUAAGCACAAGGGUCUAUGUCAUAAGAUUGCUGUAGAACAAGGCAUUAGGCAUUGUCAGUUACCAUUAAAUAAAUAUGUGAAUAUGAAAACAAGAAAGGUUUUAACAAUUGAUCAUGUGUUUGAGAUAGUCGUAAAAGUUUGUGAAGGUGUUCCAUGGCAGGAUGCAAUAUUGGAUGUGUUACCACAUAGAAAAGGGGCAUACAUAUGCAACAGUUCCAAUGAUUCAAAUACAAUUGAUGAUUGUUCAAAAGUACAAAUAGUACAUGAUAGUUUAUAAUAUUGUUAUUUAUGCUGUUAUAUAUUUAAGUAUUAAAUUUGUAAGUUGAAUGUGAUUAUAAUA